AUGGAUAGUUCACCCGAUCUAUCCUUGAAGUUACGUCGUGGCUCGAGCGAUUCACGUGACAACUUCUACAUGGAUUUUGCGCAAGGCAUAGACUCUGACAUCGAGGAGGUGGAUAAUAGCGCUUUGGCGCUCGAGCCGCAACAACCACCGCCACCACCCUUGCCCGUCAUGGCACCUGAAGAUGCACUUGGUGCUGGUUUUAUACCGCCUCCGCCGCUGCCCAUGCAGGGUCAGCCGCUGCCAACACUCACCGAACACGAUGAUCUACCACCAACACCACCACCACAUCACCCCACUGACACCGCAGUCGAUUCGCCACCCGCUUCGCCUACUUCGUCGGUACUCGAAAUGAUACCACCACCACCACUAUCACCACCUAUGGCAACACCGCCUCCACCAGUACGCGCCAUGGCACCACCUUCGCCACCCAUUGAAACCGAAGAUGAGGGAGACGAUGCCGAUGUAGAUGAGGAGGAAGAAGAGGAUGAUGAUAAGUCAACUCCACCACCUCCAUUGCCACCACUGCCAUCGAAUUUUUCUUAUGUGCAUGGCAAUGGCGCACAUGGCGUGAACGGUGUUACACCACCGACAACCAAGUCGCCCUCAACAUCACCAUCACCACCAGACACCCCACCGCCAUGUCCUAAAAUGACAUUACCCAUGAAGUUGGCCUCGCCACCUCCACCGAUGCACGCACAAGCGCCAUUGCCACCACUGACACCGCCAUCGGAGAGUGAUCAAUCACAACCUAAUUCACCGCCACCACCAUUGCCACAGCAUGCUGCCCUACCACAAUCACCACCACGUUCGGUUGGUUCGCCUACCAGCUCAGUCGGCUCGCAACCACGCUCGAUUGGUUCGCAACAGCGCGUCGUUGUGGGUUCACCACCGCACUCCACAAGUUCCCAACCACGUUCCGUGGGCUCACCGCAGGGCUCGAUUGGUUCACCGCCACGCAGUAGAGAACUUGUAAUGGACGAUGAUCCAGCUACACCGCCACCAGAUUUCGGUGAGCCAAGCGAUGUUAUAGCCGCCGCCUUGGCUGCCGCGGUUGAAGUCAAGUCAGCUGAGCUAAUUCAAGGUAUUACCUAUGGCACCGCCUACCAUAUGAUCGAUGAGACCAAAUCAUCAAAUGAAGAUGAAUCCACCACUAUAACCACUCCUCCGAGCAAUGGAUAUUCAGCUUCGUCCAUCAUUCCGCCACCAGCUGAUCAGUUGGGUGAAUUGGAGCAAGAUACUGGCAUGAUGUUAGCUGAUAUACCGCCACCACCAGGAAUGGAAGACGAAUUACCUAUCGAAGACCAGGAAGAAGAAAUGGAAGUAGCAGAAGAUGCUAGAAAACAGGCGGCAGAACUUAUGGAAGUCGACGAAAUUAUUGAAGAUGAACAAACGUCAAGUGAAAAAACUCCAAUAUCCGAGCGUCAAUUGAGCGACGCUAUAACCGAGGAUCAUACAACCGCCGAUACGCCAGCAGACGAGAUAGUUGAGACACGUGGCACUCCGACAUCACAGGCAACACCACGCGGCACGCCACAUCCUACACCGCCAACUUCUGGCUCGCCUAAGAAAAAGCGUAGUAGUGUUACCGGCAGUGGCGGAAGCGGCUCGGGUAGUCGCAGCGCUAGUCGGAGUGCUAGCCAUAGCGGUAGUCAUGGCAGCGGUAGUCGUAAUGCCAGUCGCAGCGGUAGCGUACGCGGCAGUAUUGCAUCACGUGCUGGUAGUAUUGCCGCUGCCUCGGUGGCAUCGGCCGCAGCAUCCAUUGCAUCGGGCUCGCAACCGGUCAUUGAAGCAGUAGCAUCUACAGCUGCCGUGGCAUCACCACAACCCUCAGUUAAAUCGAUACGCAGUCAACCGUCGAUAAAGUCGUCGUACUCGAAACAUAGCGCUUCGCCACCGGUGAUGAAAAGUCCGCCUGAGGGCGACCGGCCACCGGUAAUGCCAUCGCCACCAGCGAUGCGUUCACCACUGCUCAUGAAGAGUCCACCAUUGAUGCAUAGUCCACCGAAGGUGACCAGUCCACCAAGAGUGUAUAGUCCUCCAUUGGUAGGUAGUCCACCUACGCGUAAAACGGAUUCCUUGGAUUUGAAGAAAGAAGACGUAGAAAGACCAACAAAAGGCCCAGUUGCAAGCACCUACAGCGACUCGGCAGCCGCGUCCAGUGAAACUUUAGACGCCGCUUCGGUCGCUUCGCCCACUAUGACAGACGCUGCCGCACCUCCCGCUGUGAGCACAUCGCUCAGCUACCAGGACGAGCAACAGCCCCAGCAGCAUGUGAUGCGCGCACACCUCAGCAGUCAUCACCACUAUCACCUGCCGCAUCAGUUCCAACAUCCACACCAUCAGAAUCAUCAUACGCACGGUGGUGUACCCGUGGCUACGCCCACGGUGCCCGCCAGCUAUGCGGGGACACAACAUCUACUGCACCACAAAGCCACAACCUAUAGCAGCAGUGCGUUGGAUGAGGAUAGCAGCGGUAGCGUGAGUGGUGGUAGUGGUCCAACUCCACCCGCCAAGCCGCCACACAUUCAGGAACGUCGUUCACCGCCCAGCGCGCCAACAACCGCAGCAACGUCAAGUCUUAUGCUGAUGCCAGGUGCUGUGUCGACCACCUCCGUAUCGCCAGGACGCUUGACUGCACGCCUACGUGAUUCGGGUUCACAUCACCGCGUCACUAUCGAUGAAUCGAAUAUACCAACAUCUUCGGCGGCGAGUCAUCAACUGGAUAUUAGUGGUGGUGGUGGGGGUGGUGACGAUGGUGAUGCUGGUAGUGGUGGUGGCGGUGGUGGUGCUGGCGGUUCGGGACCACCAUCGCCUGGUUCAUCAAAUCGCAGGCUUUCCUCGGCGUUGGGGGAUGACCGUCAGACGGGGCAUUUAGCGUUAAUGUAUCACUCGCAUCAGUUAACCAGCUAUCCGGUGUUGCCAGCCAUUAAGCGGACGCAUCGACCGUCGUUCAUAUAUCCGCCAAUGCCGCGAGUCAGAGCUGGUGAUGCUUUGGCUACACUCUUCUCUGCAUUGUAUGGCAAAUUGUUGGUGGUAAUGGGCAUCGCCUUUCCCAUGGCUGAAGUUAUAUCCACUUAUAUACCGCCUUCGUUUUAUGAGGUGUAUUACUUAUACUUGUACAUUGGAAGUAUGAUAUUCCUGCUCUUCAUGUAUGCCACACUGCUGUGGGGUCGUCCGAAAAUCCCGGCAAAUAUAACAUCACCAAGCAAAUCCGCGUCAAAAGCGCGCUCCUCUACUGCCUCGGAUAGUAUGGAUGAAUCGGACACUGACAGCAAUUCGAUGCAUAACAAACGCAUACCGACGGUUAUACCCGCCCGAAGGCCCUCGCUGCUGGCACCGCUCGGUCGACAACAUCACUAUGGAUCCUUCUAUCUGCGUAUGGGUGCAGUGGCCUUUGGUAUUGGCAGCAUGAUUUAUUCGGGCUUGGAGUUUGGCCAAUAUUUCGAAUUGAAUCCGGACACCAAAUGUCACAAUGUACUUUUGGCAUUGACACCAGCGACGCGCAUGGCUUUCAUUUUCAUACAAAUGUACUUUAUAUUCCUGAAUAACGAGCAAAUUAAAGUCUACCGCUACAAGAUAAUCGCCCGCUUCGGUCUCAUGCAUAUGAUUGGCACCAAUUUGGCCGUCUGGCUGAAUGUACUCAUACAGGAAACGAAACACGAAAUUCUCACAUUUUACAACCCGGAAAAUCGCACACUACGCAUAUCACAUCGCAUUCCAGGCCAUUCGCGCGGACAUGCCAUUGCACCGGCGGUCAUUACAUCCGAUCCGACGGCACACUUGCGUGUACCGCGUGGCCUCAAGGGUCCGUAUCAGAUUUUCGAGUGUCGACGAACCAACAUACUCGGCACUCUCGUACAAGAUGCUUCGCCAUUUCUCUUUCCCUGCACCAUUGAGUAUUCACUCAUUUGCGCCGCCAUUCUGUAUGUGAUGUGGCGUAGUAUUUCGCGCCCGCAAACACCAGCGCCACAACGUCCGGAUACGAUCAGUUCGCCGAUGAAGCGUUCUCCACAUCACUAUUCGGUGGAUUGUGCGCGCGCGCACAAGGGUCUCUUCGUUGGCAUACUCAUACUCGUGCUGACCAUCAUUUCGCUCAUUCUCUUCUUCGUGUUGAUCUCGCGACCGGAUUUUGUCGCCCUGGCCGUCACCGAAGUGACCAUCUGUGAGCUGCUCAUCUACGGCACUGCCACCAUAGCGACACUCAUUGGCAUGAUACAAAUAAGGCAUCUGCAGUACGAUUGGUAUCGCAGCUUCUCCUUGGAUGAUAUUCUAUUAGUCGGUGCACAGACUGGUUCCUUUUUAUACAACAUAUUCACGGUAAUUGCGGGACAUUUUACACUACGCAGCGACGAUAUGCUAGUGCCCUUGAAUGCACUCGCCUCCAUUGUGCAAACUGCUUGCCAAACGUUGUUCAUAUUGGAUGCCAGCCGGCGGCAAGCCAUCACACCGGAGCAUAUACGUAAGAAACCUGGACGAGAAAUUGUGACCUUUAUGCUGGUGGUGAAUUUAGCCAUGUGGGCUAUUAGUACGCUAGAAAAAUCACGCGCCGAAUCACAUCCCAUACAGCUGAAUUUCUACGGUCUUUGGGCGUGGACGAUAAUUACGCAUGUCUCCAUGCCAUUGGCAAUAUUCUAUCGUUUUCACUCAACUGUUUGUCUGUGUGAAAUCUGGAAGAGGGCUUACAAACUCAAACCGGCCUAUAUGUGAGAGUUUGCGCGCGAGCGCAUUGCAAGCAUUGCGCAACAGCAACAAUUCUGUGAAGAUCUCAAAACCAAUCUGUCGUACUGUUAUUGCUCGACAACACUGGCCGGUGGCGAACUCGAAACCGUCGAAGAGGCGGAGAGUGGCGAGAGCAACGGCUACGAAGAAGAUGACGAGGGUGAAGAUGGUGGCAAUGGCGACGUUGGUGGCGCUGGUACCGAUACAACCACAGCGGUGCUAGAGGGUGGCACCGGUACCGGCACUGUAGCAACCGAAGAAGAGGAAUUGGAGACAACGGACGGUGAUGAACUGGAAGUGACACAACGACCAAAACAAACCAAAUCAAAUGGCCGUGAACAGAAAAAACAGCAGCAACAGCAGCAGCAACCCAGACAAAGACAUG